CGCAGGCCUGAGUAACCCUCGCAGCGGCGCCGUCCUCCUCCGCCUCUCGCAGCCAUGGACGUGUACCCCCCACACCGGCUGGGACUGCCCCGCGCACGGUCCCCCGGCGGCCCUGGCCGCGGGUCGCCCUCCGUCAGCUGCAGUCGACUCCGCCAGGUUCAGAGCAUCCUGACUCAGAGCAGCAAGUCUCAACCCGAUGGAAUCCUCUGCAUCCUAGGAAUCGAUAGCAGGUACAAUGAAGGCUGCAGAGAGCUGGCAAAUUAUCUUCUGUUUGGUUUGUACAAUCAGAAUACCAGUGAUUUUGAGAAAACAGGGUUUUCUGAAGAGGUUCUAGAUGAUGUGAUUAUAUUGAUUAAAUCAGAUAGUGUCCAUCUGUACUGUAAUCCUAUAAAUUAUCGCUAUCUUUUACCCUAUGUGGCACAUUGGAGAAAUCUGCAUUUCCACUGCAUGACCGAAAAUGAGUAUGAAGAUGAGGAAGCUGCAGAAGAAUUUAAAAUUGCCAGUUUUGUGGACAUGGUUCGAGAUUGUAGUAGAAUUGGCAUUCCUUACAGCUCCCAAGGUCACUUGCAGAUAUUUGAUAUGUUUGUAGUGGAGAAAUGGCCAAUUGUACAGGCCUUUGCACUUGAGGGCAUUGGAGGGGAUGGAUUUUUUACCAUGAAAUACGAGUUGCAGGAUGUGAGUUUGAAUCUAUGGAAUGUCUACAGCAAGAUGGAUCCUAUGUCUCUGGAGACUUUGCUUUCAGAAGAUUUGGUGGCUUUUGAACGUCAGUGGACUAGCUUCUUCGCCAGUUUUGACACAGAAAUUCCCUUCUUGCUGGAAUUGUCUGAAUCUCAGGCGGGUGAGCCAUUCAGAAGUUACUUUAGUCAUGGAAUGAUUUCCAGUCAUAUAACUGAAAAUAGCCCUAAUAGGCAGCCAUUUGUUCUCUUUGGUAAUCAUUCCACACAAGAAAACCUGAAUGCUGGCAACUUUAACUUCCCUUCUGAAGGGCACCUGGUACGCAGCACUGGUCCCAGCGGGAGCUUUGCCAAACACAUGGUAGUACAGUGUGUUUCACCAAAGGGACCCCUUGCUUGUUCAAGAACAUACUUUUUUGGAGCUACUCAUGUUCCUUACUUGGGAGAUGACAACAAGCUGCCCAAGAAAACUGAACAAAUUAGGCUCUUGUCACAGGUGUAUGCUGCUGUUAUUGAGGCUGUUUUGGCUGCCAUUGCAUGUUAUGCUAAAACUUCCAGUCUAACAAAGGCCAAGGAGGUAGCUGAGCAGACCUUUGGAUCUGGGUUAAAUUCCUUUGAGUUGAUGCAGUUUAAGGCAGCCCUACACUCCAAGAUGGCUUUUCAUAUACAUGCUGUGAAUAAUCAGGGAAGAAUUGUGCCUCUGGACAGUGAAGAUAGCUUAUACUUUGUGAAGACGGCUUGUAUGACCAUCUAUGACAUUCCUGACUUGCUGGGAGGAAGUGGGUGCUUAGGAUCUGUGGUCUUCUCAGAAUCAUUUUUGACAUCUCAGAUCUUGGUUAAAGAAAAGGAUGGCACUGUUACCACAGAAACCAGCUUCAUAAUCCUGACAGCUGCCAUACCCAGAUUCUGCUCCUGGCUGGUAGAAGAUAUAGAAGUAAAAUUUUCUGAGAAAACCCAGCAAUCGGUUAUGGGAGAUGAGUGUUUCCUGGGCACUUUUCUAACUAGAGGAGAAGGGGCGUAUCUUUAUUCUAGUAAUCAACAGUCUUGGCCUGAGGAAGGGAAAGUACAUUUCUUCUCUGGUGGACUUCUGUUUUCUGACCGUCAUCACGGAAAUAUCAUCAUUUCCAAGGAUCACAUGAAUUCCGUUUUGUUUUAUGAUGGGGAUUCCACCAGUAUUGUUGCUGCCCUUCUGAUAGACUUCAAAAGUUCAUUGCUUCCCCAUCUUCCAGUUCAUUUCCGUGGAUCAAACAAUUUUCUGAUGAUUGCCCUUUUCCCCAAAUCCAAGAUAUACCAAACAUUUUACUCAGAGGUCUUCUCCCCCUGGCAACAGCAGGCUAACUCAGGGCUGUCUUUAAAAGUGAUCCAGGAAGAUGGAUUAUCUGUGGAACAAAAGAGAUUACACUCCAGUGCACAGAAGCUCUUCAGUGUCCUGAGCCAUUCUGCUGGGGAGAAACGGAGUCCUCUAAAGCUACUCUCAGCCAAACUCCCAGAGCUGGAUGGGUUUCUCCAGCAUUUUGCCGUCAGCAGCGUUAGUCGGGAGCCCAUGAUGAGGACCCAUCUCCCUGUCCUGCUGCAGCAAGCUGAAAUCAACCCUACUCACACAGUAGAAAAUGACAAGGUAAUUAUCAGCAUUGUAACUGGCCUCCCAGGCUGUCAUGCUAGCGAGCUCUGUGCUUUUCUGGUCACUCUGCAUAAGGAAUACGGCAGGUGGAUGGUAUACCGUCAAGUCAUGGACAGCUCCGAAUGUUUUCACGCUGCCCACUUCCAGAGAUACCUUUCCAGUGCCCUGGAGGCCCAACAGAACUGCUCUGCCCGCCAGUCAGCCUACAUACGCAAGAAGACCAGACUACUGGUGGUGUUACAAGGCUACACAGAUGUUAUUGAUGUUGUCCAGGCCCUGCAGAUACAUCCAGAUUCAAAUGUCAAGUCCUCCUUCACCAUUGGUGCCAUCACAGUGUGUGUGGAGCCCCUGAGCUGCUACAUGGAGCACAGAUUUCUCUUUCCUAAAUGUCUCGACCAGUGUUCACAAGGCCUGGUGAGUAAUGUGGUGUUCACCAGUCACACCACAGAGCAGAGGCACCCUCUCCUGAUUCAGUUGCAGAGCCUCAUCAGAGCUGCCAAUCCUUCCGCAGCCUUCAUUCUUGCAGAAAAUGGGAUUGUCACCAGGAAUGAAGACAUUGAACUGAUUCUCUCAGAAAAUAGUUUUUCGAGUCCUCAGAUGCUACGAUCUCGAUAUCUAAUGUACCCUGGCUGGUAUGAAGGUAAAUUUGAUGUUGGAUCGGUCUUUCCAUUAAUGGUUCAGAUUUGUGUAUGGUUUGGUCGUCCCUUGGAGAAGACUCGCUUUGUGGCCAAGUGUAAAGCAAUUCAGUCCUCUAUCAAGCCAAGUCCCUUCUCUGGAAACAUCUACCACAUCCUGGGCAAAGUGAAGUUUUCAGACUCUGAGAGGACCAUGGAGGUCUGCCACAACACUCUGGCCAAUUCCUUGAGCAUCGUGCCAGUUUUGGAGGGACCCACGCCACCGCCUGACUCCAGAAGCACACCUCAAGGCAGCAGCGGGCAGCAGGAAUGCUACCUCGUGUUCAUAGGCUGCUCCCUGAAGGAAGAAAGUGUCAAGGACUGGCUGCGGCAGUCAGCUAAGCAGAAGCCUCAGAGGAAAGCCCUGAAGACCAGGGGGAUGCUGACCCAGCAGGAGAUCAGGAACAUCCACGUGAAACGCCACCUGGACCCCCUACCUGCAGGUUACUUUUAUAAUGGCACCCAGUUUGUCAACUUCUUUGGUGACAAGACUGAUUUUCACCCACUCAUGGACCAGUUCAUGAAUGACUACGUGGAAGAAGCCAACCGGGAAAUCGAGAAGUAUAACCGCGAGCUGGAGCAGCAGGAGUAUCAUGACCUCUUUGAGCAGAAGCCCUAGAGGAAGAAGACCCUGGAGAUGGACGUUUUAAAACGGGGUGUCUUAACCUCAGCUUUUCCAGAGGCCCCUCCCUAGAGGGGCUAUCUUUGUUCUCCUUGGCCUUUGUGUGCUGGCUUGAGUGCAUGUUGUCUUUAUUCUCUAUACAGCGCUGAAGAGCAUCACCUGCACCACUGAUUUGGCAGGGGAGGGGGGUCCUUAUGGAGGAUGAGCAGACAGGGGCUGCCCUUUGUGUGCAGCCGGCAGUCCAGGACCUCUGGGUCUCUGAUAACAGUAUUUUCUUUGGGCUGUUGCAGCAGUGUGUGAGGGUGGGAGGAGCAUUUGGAUUGCACAGAGUGGCUGCUGGGACAUAAAGAAUCCUGGCUGCCAAACUGUGGCCAUGCCUGGGGGCCCAGGCCACCACAGGCCUUGGGCCUCAGACACCACCCCAGGAGAGCCUUUCACCCCAGUGGAGUGCCUGCCUCCCUGUUUAGGCCCCUUCCACUGAAGGCUUGGGCCCUGCUGACCCUAUGCCCAGUCCUAGAGGGAACAGCACAAGCCCUGGCCAAUCCCAACCCACAGAGCCAACAGCUUGGGCGGAGAUUAGCAGCUUAUUCUAAAAUGAGGGAAUUUCCCUUACGGACUAAACAGAGGGGAAAGACUUGUUGCUUUCCAGAAGUAUGUGGCUUUUGAAUUGACACAAGCAGCCCCCCUUGGGACUGGUUUGAGCCUCCUCAUGUCAUCACUCUGGUUUACCUCAUUCGGGGACGAGAAAAACUGCUGCUCAGGCCUCCCUGGUGACGCUUUGCCUCACUGUUAAGGUCAGUGUCCUGCAACUGCAUAGUCUUACGCCCAGGGUUCUGGUCGCUUAUGGGGCAUCUUCACUUGAAGGGCGUUCAGUCUCAGCACCCAUACCUCCCCUCAGUCUUGCCAGGGAAGGCCUGGUUUUCAGCCCAACCUUCAGGAAUCUCAUGUCUCCAAGCAUCGUUGCUAGUCUUGUAUUUGUUUGGCUCUAGGGGACCAGGAAUUUCGGAGAAUUCCAAAUCCAAGUUAGAAUUCCUUCUAGUAGCUUUGUUUUCAGCUGGAUUAAAAAGCAGAGGGGAAUUUCAAGUGUAUCCCAUGCCUGACCUCCAGAAUUAGUGUGGGGAAGAGGAAGGUCGCAGGCACAGAUACUUAGGUGAUGUCUGUUAGGACUUCAGCGCCUCAGCUGCCUAGAUUGUAAAUGCUUUCUGAAUUUCACGUAUUUUUUUGCAUGCCUUAGGAAGGAGCACAUAGGCAAAACCAGCAAAGUUUCUAGUAAUGUAGAGGGGUUUUUGAGAAAGGAUCCUGGCACAGAGGAGAGACAGAAAACCGAUGGAGCACAUGUAGUCUGUCACACAGAGUCCUGCAUACAAGUAGUAAAGCAGUUGUUAAGGGCUUGUUAGUAACAUGUACUUAUAUUAGAAAAAAAUUUUUCAUUUGAAGCCAAAUGAACAAUACUCCAAAUACCAUUUAAUAAGAACUCUUGCUUGAAGAAAGGCUUCUGAAAAGGCCCAUGUGCUCCAGUCUCAGCUCCCAAAGCUGCUGGUGACAAGGGCCCAGGUGUGGAGCCCCAUCUGGGAGCCCCUUACUUCUAGCUGGGCAGAGGCUGGGUCCACAACGGGCCUGCCUCUGCUUCAGGAUCAAUAACAGAUCUUAAGUGCAAUUGAUGAAAUAAUAAUGAGUUACUGUAGCUUCCUUUAGCUCUACCGAGCUCUUUUUAAAAACUCAAGCAGCCUUAGAAAAGGGAG